AUGCUCAUUCGCUCUUUCACGAGCUCUCUCACGCGCUCUUUCGCGCGCUCUCUCAUGCACUCUCUCACGCGCUCCCUCACGCGCUCUCUCACGCGCUCCCUCACGCGCAAUCUCAGGCACACUCUCAUGCGCUCUCUCUCGCGCACUCUCACGCGCAUUCUCUCUCACGCGCUUUUCCACGCGCUCACUCACGCGCUCUCUCAAGCGAUCUCUCACGCACACUCUCACGCGCACUCUCACGCUCUCACACGCACUCCCUCACGCGCUCUCUCACGCGCUCCCUCACGCGCACACUCACGCGCCCACUCACGCGCUCUCUCACGCGCUCUCUCACGUGCACUCUCAGGCACACUCUCACGCGCAUUCUCUCUCGCGCACUCUCACGCGCAUUCUCUCUCUCACGCGCUCUCUCACGCGCUCCCUCACGCUCUCACACGCGCUCUCUCACAUGCUCUCUCAUACGCAAUCUCACGCGCUCUCACACGCGCUCUCUCAUGCACACUCUCACGCGCACUUUCACGCGCUCUCUCACAUGCUCUCUCAUACGCAAUCUCACGUGCUCUCACACGCGCUCUCUCAUGCACUCUCACGCGCUCUCUCACGCGCUCUCUCACAUGCUCUCUCAUACACAAUCUCACGCGCUCUCACACGCGCUCUCUCAUGCACACUCUCACGCGCUCUCUCACGCGCUCUCUCACGCGCUCUCUCACGCGCUCCCUCACGCGCUCUCUCACGCGCUCUCUCACGCGCUCUCUCACGCUCUCACACGCGCUCUCUCACAUGCUCUCUCAUACGCAAUCUCACGCGCUCUCACACGUGCUCUCUCAUGCGCUCUCUCACGCGUUCUCUCACGCGCUUCCUCACGCCCUCUCCUGUGCUCUCUCACGCGCACUCUCAGGCACACUCUCACGCGCUCUCUCUCGCGCACUCUCACGCGCAUUCUCUCUCACGCUCUUUUCCACGCGCUCUCUCACGCGCUCUCUCACGCGCUCUCUCACGCACACUCUCACGCGCACUCUCACGCUCUCACAUGCACUCCCUCACGCGCUCUCUCACGCGCUCUCUCACGCCCACACUCACACGCUCUCUCACGCGCAUACUCGCGCGCUCUCUCACGUGCUCUCUCACGUGCACUCUCAGGCACACUCUCACGCGCACUCUCACGCGCACUCUCACGCGCAUUUUCUCUCUCACGCGCAUUUUCUCUCUCACGCGCUCUCUCACGCGCUCUCUCACGCGCUCUCUCCUGCGCUCUCUCCUGCGCAUUCGCUCCCAUGCACACGCUCUCCCUCGAGAUCUCUCACGCGCUCUCUCAUGCACACUCUCACGCGCACUCUCACGCGCUCUCUCACAUGCUCUCUCCUGCACACUCUCACGCGCUCUAUCACGCGCUCCCUCACGCGCUCCCUCACGCGCACCCUCACGCGCUCUCUCACGCGCCCUCUCACGCUCUCACACGCGCCCUCUCACAUGCUCUCUCAUACACAAUCUCACGCGCUCUCACACGCGCUCUCACACGCGCUCUCUCAUGCGAUCUCUCACGCGCUCUCUCACAUGCUCUCUCACAUGCUCUCUCAUGCGCACCCUCACGCGCUCUCUCACGCGCUCUCUCACGCGCUCUCUCACGCGUUCUCUCGCGCGCUCUCACGCGCUCUCUCACGCGCUCUCUCCUGCGCGUUCGCUCCCGUGCACACGCUCUCCCUCGCGCUUCGUCUCUCCCCUUCGUCAAAUGAAAAAAACAACCCGCGCUGGCGCACCUACCCGCGCUCCGCGCACCAACCCGCGCUUGCGCUCAUGCACCUGUCGCCGGAGGCGAUGGCGGAGAGGGAAGGAGAGGCGACGGCGGGGAGGGAAGGAGAGGCGACGGCGGGGAGGAGGGAGAGGCGACGGCGGAGAGGAGGGAGAGGCGACGUGGGGAGGAGGGAGAGGCGACGGUGGGGAGGAGGGAGAGGCGACGGUGGGGAGGAGGGAGAGGCGACGGCGGAGAGGAAGGAGGGGCGACGGCGGAGAGGAGGGAGAGGCGACGGCGGAGAGGAAGGAGACGGCGGGGAGGAGGGAGAGGCGACGGCGGAGAGGAGGGAGGGGCGACGGCGGGAGGAGGGAGAGGCGGCGGCGGGAUGGGAGAGAGCAGCGACGGCGGCUGGGAAGGAGGGAGGGGCGAUGGCGGGAUGGGAGGGAGCGGCGACGGCGGCUAGGAGGGAGAGAGACGCGAUGGCGGGGUGGGAGGGAGCGCGACGGCGGGGUGAGAGGGAGAGGCGACGGAAAGGAGUAAGGGAUAGCUAG